AUGUAUCCUACACUACUUGUGGUUGCUAGCCUUGUGGCCGCCAUCACCAGUGUUGGCUCUGAGAAGACCUCGCCAAACGGUUCACCUGUGGACGCCUGGAGGGUUGUGACUCUGAAGGACGCUUUUUUCCUCAUCUACCGUUCCUACGAAAUUGAUGAGGGCUUCGGAGACACUGGGAAAUGUGCCUCCAUACAAUUGUCCGAGGCAAACGAAACAGCCAGGACUACGAAGACCAAAAUAAUGUACAGGGACCCUCAGACGACCGAAAUGACAGAAUAUACUGUGUCUAUCACGGUGCCUCGUUCAGACGGCAGCACAGUCUGCGACACCGUCCAAAUAAGCGACGAGACAUGUAAGCCGGAAUUUCUUACUUUAUUUAAAAUCUAG